AGGGCCAGGAGAUGGCUGAUGGCCGGCGACGGCACACUGCCCUGGAGCCCUGGAGCGACCACUGCACCACCGGCCCGCUGACAGCCCACUGGUGCCGGUCGCGUUGAAUUGGCAAAGGGGUCAGUCAUGAAGACGCUCGUCUCAGCUCAGCCGUCGAGGGACUCGGUCAGCACGGUUGUUUUCGCGCAACAGCCAGAGUCCGGACAGGGCUGCCGGGACGGGGUGCGCAGCAGAGCACGGGAGCCAGUCCUCGCUGGCAGGCGGAGAAGACACUGCUCAGCACUCGCCCAGCACACGAUCUCGCGGGCUGGAGCGCUGCCGGUGCGACCUGAGGUGCUCAGCGUAGUGAGCCAUGCUGCUCGGCUUCAGCUUCGACCGGGCGGCUUGGAGGCGUUGGGGAGGCGCCCGGCUGUUUGGUGUCUCAUCGAGGGCUCGGGGCUCGUUGCUGGCUCUUUGAGGUCGACGCCAGGUGACGGCGGCGACCACGGCCACAACAGCAAUCAGGCAGGUGCGAGACCGCCUCGGCGAGUGUGGGAGAGCGCCGGCCGGGGCGUGCAGACGCAGGCUCGCAGACGCAGGCACCGCAACGGCAGCGCGGCAGCCCCUUCACGCAGCGCCCGCGCAGCGUGCAGCGUCGCACAUGUGCCUACAACAAAGGGCGCCGUCCGCUCCACUGCUCAAGUAGCCUUUCCGUACCAGACGCGGGCCCGUGCGCGUGUCUGUCCGCGAUUUCGUAGUUGACCACCCGUGCGUGCGGUGCGUGCCAUCUGCGCUGCGACUGCGUCCACGGCCCACCGCAUUCUGCAUCUCCCCUCGCCUGUGCCGUGUACUUGCUCGCUGCGUCUUCUGCAAUCCGCCAUCUACGCCCGCCGUACCGCGAACGCUCCCCCCCCCACGGCUGUAUUCCUUUUAGCGCUCGACGUCGCCCUCGCCCCUCGUUCAGCGAAUCGACUUGCACCACCUCCACCAGGGGCC